CUCUUAUAUAGGCGUGGAUCGUUGACAGGGAUGCCGCUUUCUCCUUCACGUGAAUACAUAGAUGUUGACGCCAGAGGUUUUUAACCUUCGGUUUUCGUCAUAACCAGAUCAGGUUAACUAACGCCAUAUAGUUGCCAGGCAGUCUGACUCUGAGCAGAGUUGAAGGUGAACUUAGGUAAAGACUGAAGUAGAGUUGGCAAGCGUCGCUUUUGUGAGCAGGUAGCAUGGCCGAUCCUGCCCCCUGGUCCAACGAGAUCUCUGCGAGGGAGUGGAUUGACAGAGGCGGGGCGCAGGUCGUACUUGGGGUUGACGGCGGAGGCACCAAUACUUCGUGUGUCGUGAUGGAAUGUGCAGAGCCAAAAAGCGGGUCAGAUUCUGUCGCUUGUGGGAAUGUGCUGGGAGGGGGAUCAGCUGGGAGCUCAAAUUACCACAGCGUUGGGGAGGAGACGGCUCACAGGGCAAUCGAGGCGGCAAUUGCAAAGGCGCUCUCCGCAGCUCGAGUCCCAAGGGCAGCCGUGCAACGAGUCUGCAUGGGGAUGUCAGGAGUGGACAGGCCAUCUGACAUCGAGCUCGUCUUAGGAUGGAUAAGGUCGAUUUUUCCGGACCCUACUGUUGACGUGUCAGUCCAUAACGAUGCCAUAGCCGCUCUGGCCACGGGGACUGGCGGGAAGCUUCACGGCUGCGUGCUUAUAGCGGGGACGGGGACGAUAGCCUAUGGUGUUGCGGAAGAUGGGAGAACGUGUCGUGCUGCGGGGGCGGGGCCAGCUCUGGGGGACCGGGGGAGCGGCCACGCUAUUGCGUCCGAAGCACUGUCCGCAGUGAUGCGGGCGGACGACGGACGGGGCCCCGAGACGAAGUUGACGGGCGCAAUCCUCGCGAAGCUGGGGCUUUCGAAACCAGAGGAUCUUAUAGGUUGGGCCUAUAAGGACCACUCGUGGGCUCGCGUCGCCGCUUUGGUUCCCGUCGUGAAAGACACGGCCGCAGCGGGAGACGCGGUCGCACUGCGGAUCUUAGAAGAGGCUGUGGAAGAGCUGGCGAGCACCGUCGAGGCGGUUGUGAGGCGGCUGAAACUAGGAGGCGAAGAUGGUACCGCGUCAUUUCCCUUGGUUCUGGUAGGAGGCGUGUUGUCGGACGGCAGUUUCGUGGCCGAGAAAGUGACCAGGAAGCUUACAGAAAAAUACCCCCAUGCGAAAGCAGUCAUAUCAAAGCAGGACCCGGCUGUUGGGGCUGCAAUGCUUGCAUGGCAAGACCACACGAAACGCAUGUCGUCAAACAAGUAGAAUAACAGAAAAAAAUUGGUUAUGUUGGUCGCAAUCGGCGCAGUUUAUCCCGCUUGUCUACGUUGUCCUGAUCGAAACGCUUCUUGUCAUUUAUGUGUAUGGUAAACGAUCUGCACUGAGUCUAGGUCUUUGUUCUCGGGCCCACCUAGCUGAGAGGCUGCCAACAAAAGUACAACACCAUCUACAUUCUCUCUAUUCACGAGCAACGGGGCCUCAAACACGACCAACAUACAGCACACUAACUAGCGCGCCAUG